UCAUUACCAGUGUGUACAGUAGUGAACUGUGUGCUGUGAUGCUAGCGUUUCAGUCACUACCAGAGGUCUCAGCAGCAAAAACAAAAAUUGUGGAUGAUACGUUUUAAGCUUCUAGAAACUCAGCUAACUCCUUUAGUUUUCAAGAAAUAAUGAAGAAAGCAUCAAUAUAUCAUCAACCAUCAUUUCAUUACUUGUUGGAUUCAGAAGCUCAAGAAGAGACCAGAGAAGACUAUGAUGACAAGCAGGUGGUCACAGAGAUCAUGGCAAGAUGUUUUAUUCCGACUUCGAUAACAACUACUUCCUGGGAAAGUUUUCGUUUUAUUGGUCAUGAGAUUCGAAUUACUGAGGCCAUGGAUUGUUAUGGUGCUGUUGUUUGGCCAUCGGCCCUUGUUCUAUGCUAUUUCCUGGAAACAAAUGCAAAGCAGUAUAAUAUGGUUGACAAAAACGUGAUUGAAAUUGGAGCUGGAACAGGACUAGUCUCCAUUGUGGCAAGUUUACUUGGUGCUCAUGUGACGGCCACAGAUUUACCCGAAUUACUUGGAAACCUGCAAUAUAAUAUUUCCCGAAACACCAAAAUGAAAAGCAAGCAUUUGCCUCAGGUUAAAGAACUCUCCUGGGGAGUAGCUUUAGAUACAAACUUCCCCAGGUCUUCUAAUAAUUUUGACUAUAUUUUGGCAGCAGAUGUGGUCUACGCUCAUCCUUUCUUGGAAGAGCUCCUCAUUACCUUUGACCAUCUGUGCAAAGAAACCACCAUCAUCCUCUGGGCCAUGAAAUUCAGGUUGGAGAAGGAAAAUAAAUUUAUAGAUAGAUUUAAGGAGUUGUUUGACCUGGAGGAAAUUUCCAGUUUCCCUAGCCUGAAUAUUAAGUUGUAUAAAGCUGUGAAGAAAAACCAGAGGAGUGUAUGACAUCCUCAGUGAGGAUGUGGAAAGGCUGAGGCAAUUUUUAGCAAAUAAUCACUUGAAAAAAACCCCUGAAUAACCUUAUGUGCCAUUGAGUUUCCCAAAGGCAAAUACACACACAGAUGCACACACACAUACACACACACACCUCACUAUGAGAAUAGAAGAUAGUUUCCCAAAUUUGCCUCACCCCAGGCAGUAAUUUUUCCAGAUACUGCACGUGAGUCUGUAGGAUUGGGGGUAACUUGUUCCUAGUUUGUCUCCAUCAGCACGCAGACCUGCCUUCUACUCAUGCAGUAAUAGAAACUCUUGGCAAAGUCACACUGUGCUGUCAUUGUCUGCUGUCCUUAUUCCUUACAUCACCAUUUAUUAUUGUUUUAAUCAAUGGUGCAAUUAUUAUUUUUAAUGUAUAA